ACUCGACACCUUGGUGUUCCUCCUCGUUAUAUAAUAAAUUUUUUCCCGCCCCACUCUCGAUUAGAAGAUCAAGUCCCCAAGGUCGUCGGCGGACGGAGGGAGAGACAGAAAGAAGAGGAUGUGCGGAAGGGCUCGUUGCACUCUCAAUCCUGGCCAGGUCGCCCAGGCCUGCCGCCUCGCCGACGGCGGCGGCGACGCCUCCUCCAUCCCCACCCUCCAAAUGGAUCGGUACUCUCGAGUCAAUCUUGAAUGUUCUUCCUAUAUUCCCAUUAAUUUCGAGGAAUUAACUUACCGCCCGUCGUAUAAUGUCUCGCCGGGGGCGUACCUGCCGGUGGUGGCGGCGCGGAAGGAGGCGAAGGGUUCGGGUGAAGGUCGAGAGGCCCCGGUCAUCCACUGCAUGAAGUGGGGCCUGGUUCCUAGCUUUACUAAGAAGACCGAGAAGCCCGACCACUUUAAAAUGUUCAAUGCUAGAUCAGAGUCAAUAAAGGAGAAGGCUUCCUUUCGUCGACUUAUUCCUACCAAUCGAUGCCUUGUGGCAGUAGAAGGAUUCUAUGAGUGGAAGAAAGAUGGAUCAAGAAAGCAGCCAUAUUAUAUACAUUUUAAGGAUCACAGACCUCUUGUGUUUGCCGCUCUUUAUGAUUCUUGGGUUAAUUCAGAAGGAGAGAUUCUUCACACUUUCACUAUUUUGACAACUCGCUCCUCAACAGCCUUGCAGUGGCUUCAUGAUAGAAUGCCCGUGAUCUUGGGAAAUAAGGGCUCCAUUGAUGUUUGGCUAGAAAAAUCCACACCAAAGCUUGAAGCUGUCCUUGGGCCAUAUGAAGAUUCUGAUCUGGUUUGGUACCCUGUGACCACUGCAGUCGGUAAACCAUCCUUUGAUGGCCCUGAGUGCAUUAAAGAGAUAAAGCUGAAAUCUACUGGUGAAAACCCAAUGUCAAAGUUCUUCGCAAAAAAGAAAGUUGAUAAAAGCCAGUCAGAACCAGAACACAAGAAAUCAUCCAAUGAAUUUCCACAAACGGAUGCUUUUGGUAGUGUCAAAGAUGAACCUGAUGCUGAAGAAACUGAAGAACUCACUAAGGAGGAAAAGAAUGGCAAGUCCGAUCACUUUGCACCACCCAAAGGGGAAACCAUUGGACCAGAUGUUUGUGGUAUUAAACGAGAAUUUGAGGAAAUGGCAACUAAUUCUAUAUCUCAGACUGAGACUGCGAUUGUCCUGCCUGCCAGUCCAGUGAAGAAGGGAAAAAGUGUCAAGAGCACUGGUGAUAGACAAGCAUCACUGCUUUCAUAUUUUGGGAAACGCUAGAGCUUGUUGCAUCGACACUAGCUUGUUUUGUUUUUCUGUGUACGUUGUUGUCACAUGUCUUGUAUAAACUGGAAAAUCCUUAUAGUUUAUGGUGUCAAUCUUCCACUACUUUUGUAACAACUUGACCACUGAUGGAUGCUUUUUGUUGUAACUCCCACUAGGGCAUGCUUAUCAUACAUGUAAAGUUGAUCUAACCAAGGAAGAAAUUAACAGAAAAUCUGAUUUGAUAUAUGGCACAUAUGAUCAGCACACUGAGUUGUUGAUUACUUUGUCAGUCGGAUUAAAGUAGAACUGCUUUAUAAACAACAUCGAAAUUCAUUGCACCACCUUAAUUUCUUAUGAUAUUGGUUCCUCAGACAAAGGACGUACCAUUCACAAGAUCUGCACACUUUUAUUAUCUUUUACAGCUUUCAGCCGUUUGAUUUAGUUUCAUCCCAUAAAAAGUUGUGGUUAUGCAUGUCAGAUCAUCGCCAUUCGAUCAAUAAUGCAAAAGUAGUAUAAACCAAGUCAUGCAGACUUUAGGCCAGGCUUUGAGUGCCAAUUGAACACCAGAAUUAAAAUCACUAUCCGGGUACUUAGGGCGGGGAAUUGUGCACAUAAUAGCUGCUCCAGGCCUCGGACCCUCACCGUCUAAGCUUUUUACAGCACGGAGCAAUGGCCCUCAUCGUUAGUUAAUAUCAUAUUCCAAAAUUCAAUGCCUGAAAUUCAGAAUAGUAUUUGACAAAGCUCUAAAUGAAUUCAAAUAGUUGAAGCUUCGAAGAGAAAAUUAACAAAAAUAGUGUAAGAUAAUAAAUCUACUUAUACACUAAUUUCUUUUAAAAAUAGCUUGCUACAGAAAGGAAAAACAAAAGUGCAAAAACACUAUGAUCGCCUGCUAGCACCAUAUCAUGUCACGAAUUUUAUAGUUCCUAGGUAUCCAUAAGAAAAUUAUAAGUUAUAUAAUUAUAAAUAAACGACAAUUUCUAAUAUGAAUUUGAAUAUAAUCACAAGGUUGUUUAAGCAAGGAAAUAUAUGAAAGUAAUACAAGGGUACUUCAAAUUUGAAGAGUAUGAUUACCACAAUACCUUUCAUUGUCAGCGCAAGUAGUAACCAUCGAAAGCAAUUGGUGUUAGCUCCAUCAUUCAUGGUAAAGAAACAAAUCCAAUAAUCCCUUCAGCGAGUUGAACUUGACAAAGAUGAUUGUUUGAGAAUCUUAUCAAAACAUAAUAAGGCUUCUACUCUUCAUUUGUUAAGCAAUGCAAUAUAAGCUGUCCCGAUUAGCCAUGCCAUUGAAUUAGGUUGAGCUGGGUCUGGGCAGAUCAAGCCUAGGCUCUGCUAAAGUUUAAUUUUUCUUUCCUUUGUUUUUUAAAGGAAAGGAAAGAUGAGACCCAGUCAAAUUAUUAAAGAAUAAAGAAUAUCAUACAACUACAAACUCCUCCCAUGAAGGAGUGGAAAUCACAUUAACCGAUGCCAAACAGGUUGUCCUCUCUUUUACAACUGUCCGUAUUCUUUGAGUUGCAACAAAGUCUCCAGUCCUCAAGAAAAUUACAUACAUUGUCAAAUAAAAACU